AUGAUUACCACAGCGCUAAGAAAGUUGUGUUUGGUAGCGGCCAUCGUAGAAGUCCUUUAUGGAGGAAACUCGGUUUACGGUUCCAGUAUUUACGUCGGUGGACACGAAGCCGGGACAUAUUCGGAGGGGAAACCAUCAGAGAGUAUUUAUUCAGAAGGUAAGGAAGCAAUUCGAUUUGUGCACGCACGGAAAUGAUUGAGGGGAUUAAAAAGUUUACAGAUUAAAGCGAGUACUUUUGGUUUUUAAACGUGACGAAAUACAAACUGUUUUGUAAUAUGCGAACGAGUCUGACUGCUAUCAGCGUGCUCGAUAUCUCGGCGUCGUUCAAAGACUGAAAAACACUUCUAAAUCAAGUGUUAAUCCGAUGGCGCACAGUGUUGACAAAUUUUUUUCUUAUUAUUUAAUGGAAAUAACAAGAUUGCGAGACUUACUCACUGAAAAAUGUACGCGCAUCGUCAAUGAGGUGCGUUAAAUAUCAUCUGCAAACAAUUUUGGUCUUUUUCGUUCUUGGUCCUCCUUCGUCUAUAUCGCCUGUGCUUCGUUAUCGUUUUUAACCCUUUAGAACCUACAUCGGUGUGAAUUUUCUCCUUUCUGUUUUCUUUAAAUUUCCAUGGCUGCUGACAAGGAGAAUUUGCUUGGCAAUCUAGAGUUUCUUCUAUUGGUGAUCAUUCCCUUUAUUCCCUUGACCGUCGGAUUCAGGGGUAAAUUGUUGGGAGAUUUUGGAUACUAGUUACUUUUGAGGAUUAAAUGGUGAGCAAACCUGUAGGAGUCCUUCUGGGAAUUACAAAGAAUGGAAACCUUUUAGAAUCGAGGACGAGUAUGGCAUCAAGCAUCAUUUUUUAAACCUAGUUUUCGGCGAAAUACUUAGAAAAUAUAACAUUUCUGAGCCUCAUUGUACUCUUCAUAGGCAGUGAAGUAUGCCCUGCUAUUAUAACCAGACGUAAUCAAACCCUCUCCAAGUGGGAAAGCGAAAUUCUGCUCAUGCAUCAGUGUCAUGUUUUUGCCAACAUGCUGUUGUGUUGGAACUCGCCCGCUCGCGUUGACAGCUUUUGUCUUUUUCCCGCCAAUAUAACGCACAUUCGCGCGUGCUCAGUCUAUCACUAAGGAAAUAUCUGAGUUCGCCGCCUCACUUGUCCUAGAAUCCAAAGGUCUCAAACUGACUUUAAAUACUAUGACGGUAGCUCUUGGAGGGAAACUUUGUGCACUUCAGAAGUCGGUCGUUGUUUAAAAGCGUACUUGUGAAGGGCUCCGUUUAAAGUUAAUUGAUUAUAAAGUACUCGCCUUUUGCACAGAUGAUUAUAUCAGAGAAUAGUUACACUAGUUGACAUAGACUGAAGGGUUUGAUAGAUGAAGAAAUGUCACCACAAUGAUCUUGCAUUUUAUUGUUUAUAGUCUUGGUAGAAACUGCCUUGCAAUAACUGAAAUCCCUUCUUUUUUAAUAGUUGACUUUUUUCAACUCCACAUUUCUUCUUGAUGAAACACUUGGCAUGCUAAAACAUGUUACAACGGUAUUUAUUUGACCGGAACUUCAUAAGGCGAUUAGCUGUUCAUAUUGGACCGAACAGGGUCAAAAAUAUUCAAAGACGGUUCUAGAAGGUGUAAGUUAUCAUCGCUUGUGGUCUCAUCUGUAUCCUGAAAUUUCCAACUUUAGUAACUGGGCGGCUGGCUAAGAUUAUUUACACAUCUGUUUGGAAUCUGUUGUAAAAAGUAUUCGAAUCUGUCGGUACUUAAAAGAGCCGAAAAAAAGCCUUUUAACCUUUGUUAGACAAUGGAUUCCUUAGCUAGAUGAUAAGUUUAGUUGGGAACAGCUAUGAUUCCUCUCAGUUUUAGUUAAAUUAGGAAUAUUUCAAUCGUGAUAAAAAGGUUUGCUUUUCCAUUUCGUGUCCUCUCCUGCAGCGUUAAGGACUAAAUUUAACCGGAUUCCAAAACUUUUAGCCAGAAUUCUCCCUCCACGGUUAUAUUCUAUUUCUCGACGCGAUUAACUAGGGUUUCACAAUAUUUGAAUUCGCCUGUCAAGGGUAUAUUCUUUACUUUGACACACCUAAAUGGGAUUUUACUUCAUUUGAAAGAGGUUCUUAGUACAACUUUAACUUUGAUAUAGGUUCUUAGUAUUUAUAUGUGUUUUUUUUCAGCAUACUUAGGAGGAAUAUAUUCGAUGAAUUAAUCCAGGCUGUGACACAUAAGCUCGGAUUAUCACACUGAACUUGUUAAACAAGUGUUGAAAUUACCUCCCCACGCUGAAAAACCUACAAGGAUUAAUGCUAUUUGCAGACAAUACAUCGGGAUUUAUCUCAGAGUGGCUUCUUUCUUUGAAAAUAUCCUAACAAGAAAUAUUGUAUACAUUCCACCACAAACAUCUUAGAUAUUCAUUGCUAACAAAUAAGGAAUUCCAUUUUUGAAUUUAAAAAAUACUUUUCCUUUUCCCAUUAUAAUUUUCCCAAAGAGUGCGUCAAUCAUCAUAACUUUUUGCCGCGCAAAGCACAGGGUUCUGAGCGGCCUUUUAGUGAAGUUUUAAAACGAGGAGAACCACGUCAAUCUUACGUCGAAAUGACCGAUUAGCAGACAAUCUAAUUAUACUGAAGUCACGAAAGCUUUGCUUUAAAUUUUAGCGCAUUCAAACUUUGGAAACUUUCUCGACGAAAUCCAUUAAAACUCUAACUGCAAGCCAAUUAAUUAUAUCACUUGGAAACUGUAGCUAAAACCUGCAUAAUCUGAAACAAUUGCAAGAGUUAUUCUGGGGUGAGACGAUUUAUCUGCGGUUACUUGCUGCCUCUUAAAAGUUAUGCAACAGAUGGCGAACGUAACUCGUAAGUUGUGAAGUAAACCUUUGGAAAGAAAUGCUAAACUUGACUUGAAUCGUUAAAAGAAAUGUAUCACAAAUGAUAUCUUUUCAUGAAGAUGGAAAAAGGAACAGAUAUUUUGGGUCGAUGAACAUAAGCCUGGUGGAAAGUUUAUCGAUAGAAAAAUGUCUAGAAAAAACGUUUGCGUGAUAACGAUAAGAAUUUGUUUUUUCUACUUAUCAGCAGCUAAUAUUAAAGCGGAAGAAUGGCAUGAUCGAUGACCUCAUAAUGACACUAUUGGUAAACAUUUCGCAGUAAGCGUCUGGCCCUCGGAGCAGCCUACCUGAAAUUAAGAAGUAUCAGUCUUAAGUUUGGCACUAAUUUCUCCUUUCAGCUUAAUACGUCAUACACGUACACGUAACAGACACAGGCGUGAAGUGAGAGCCUGGGAAAAGGCAGUUAGAGUACCUGUUUAUUAUAAACAGAAACCACAUACAUCCUUAUCUAUCUCUCAGGACCUCCAGUGUCGCUCAGAAUAAUGAGAUGAAGAUGGUAAUCACAUUCAAAAUAAUUUGAGGAAGAUGAUUGUUCCAUUUUUAACCACAGUCAAGUGGUAGCUAUCAUUUGCUCAGGACUUCAAGUUGAUUCAGUUUUCAAUCAAUUCAGUAUGUUUUUAAUUUGCGAAUUUCGUAUACGUAAGCUAAAGAAAGCUCAGCAUAUCUUUCAGCCAUCACACCCUAGCCUCAGUAUGCAUAAUCUUCUUACUGUUCUCUUUUCAUUUUAAAUGGUUCUGACAUGGAGAUUUGUUUCACAACCACGAGCUUCUUUAAUUGCCGAGUUCACACGCUCGUCACACAAAGCAGCGGGCAUGCAAUCCUGUUACUGCAAGAAUUUGGGUGUCAGACAAGUUAUAAAAAAAAAACCAGAAGUCUGAAGGGGCGGGUGUUGUUGGGUCCCUGCACCUAAACCCCUCGUUUCAAUUCCCUUUCGAUCUGCCACUGAUAGGGGUCGAUAAAACAAAUGUUCCCGUAGCCUGCGGAGGCGUGAUUUUGGCGAGUGAUUACUCGUAUAUCAUUCUCUUCGUGAAAAAUUAUAUAGCUGGCAUCUUUGAUUUUUACUGCAGCGGAAGGUUGGGGAGAGAAAUAAAUUUGUACUAAGGGGGGUGAGUGACGGUCAAAAGGAAGGAAAGGGGAGGGAGGAGGGUGUGGAAAUGAAUCCCUUGACUUUCUCCUGCCCCCUUCGCCCCAGCGUUCACUCUAAUUCUAAAUUGGAUGUGUCCGGUUGGAUAAACGAUCGCGAGCUUGUAACGUUAAUCAGGAGCCCAUUGCUUAGUAAUGGGCUCCUGCAUUAAUGCAUCAUGGUACAGACGCCUGCAUUGCAGGAUAGUCCUCCCGGGUCAUUGUACAGGCUGAAUUCAUAACUUUUCCAUAAUGUCUUCACAUGGUGUCUAGCGUACUACCCAGCUUGUAUACUAUAAACGAAUUUACGGUUGAAUUCAGCCGCGUUUACACUUACACUCUUUUCUAACCAAACAUUGUUUCUUACAGUGAAGUGUGUGGACCAAAACAAACGGCAGUGCAAUAAAAUCAUUGGUUUUUAUGGAGAGAAAGCCUGCAAUACACGCGAUGAAUCCUUACGGUAUGUUGUGGAAAGUGUCUGCCAGGCUACAUGCGGCUUCUGCACCGAGAGUAAGUCAUUCUGCCUUAUACCUUCCUAUACUUGUUUUAAAGAAAUUGGCGAGUGUGGAGAAUAGGGAUAUAGUCAGGAGCCUAUUGAGUAAUGGGCUCCUGGUAUUGUAUAUACAUGUUGAAAAGAGUUUGCAAAAACAAAAACAUGAAGCAAUGCCCUAAGGUAUUGUCUCGCUGUUCCGGAUGUCUAGCACAAGCUGCUGUGAGAGGGAAAUAGGAGACGUGAAGCUUCAUUCAGAGUGUCUCAAACAAAGAAUCACUCGGCUCCACAAGAAAACUUAAUUUCUCUCGGCGUUGCGUCCUGGUCUUUUUAGGGCUUUUGGUAUAAGGUUUUUGUUUUCUUCAUACAGUGUAUUUAUUAAAUAAAGUACAAGUUCACCUUCCUUUCCAAUUUCUGCCUUCCUCCGCCCCCCCUAGCUCUACACGUGGUCAGAAAGAAUUCCUAUUCCAAAGAGAGGAGUGGAUACUUGAUUUUUUUUUGUCACCGCUGAAAAUAAAACUAAAAAAAAAAAGUACUAAUGGUACAACAUCAACUAUCAUAUUCUUUUCCAUUGUCUUCUUUUAUUAUAUAUAGAGUGUCAGGACGAGGUCGGCGAAGAACUUUGCGAGCAGUUUGAAGGUUACUGCGACCACGCUGACUUGGGUGAACUUGUACGAGAAAUGUGCGGCAAGACAUGCGGAAGCUGUCAUCAGGCUCCAAGGAAGGAAGAGAAGAAUUUUGUGGUCCUUAACCCAUAACUAUGAACAACAGUUGCAGAGACAUGUGAAGCAACACCCAAGCAGGAUGUUAGUCGAAACCACGAUACCAAAUACCAGCUUUAGACUCCUUCACAGCCGUUUUUGGGAUGUCACGCAACGAUGCAUCACUUGUUCUUGCAUGACAUUCCAUGAAAACCUUGGUCCACUACUUGUAAAUAUUGUAGAAGAGGCAAAAAGAAGAAAAAAAAAAUUAAAAACAACGCUGAUUUACGUUAGGACUUCCACUUUCGCCUUCUGUCUUUCAGUGCAUUUAUGUAUUAUAGAAAGGAUUAAAAACAGUUCCUUUGUGAUUGAAGUGUUGAUGUUUUAGCCUCUUCACAUAUAUUUAAGAGUGUAAGCGGAGUUCAUUUCAACGAAAAUUGUUCAUAACAGUUCAUGUUUAGGAAGCAGAGAUCGGCCUAUUAAUGUGUUGAACGCAUGUUGUGUUGAACACUCAAUAAAUAGC